GUAUCAAACGCUUUCGAUUGUUGCCUGCACGUCUGACACUUGGUAACCGAAGCUUAUAGCCUACGUGCCCACCCAGCGUUUAACUGAAUUACAGGAGGAGACAAAUGGCAUCACCCUUUCGAAGCUUGAUAGAAGAUGAGGAUAGAUACAACAAGUCAUUUCGGCUGUUUCUGGAGCGCUCCUCUGAACAUCAGUGCAUGCAAGAGUUCAUCCGCGGGGUUUUGCCAGAGAUCUUUACAAAAAUUGGAAAAGGAAAAAACAGUCUCAAUGUCUUAGGUGUGGGCAGUGGAGCAGGUGAGAUGGACCUGCAGAUGUUCUCUCAGAUGCGUCUGAAGCUUCCGAGCAUCACAGUGACCAAUGAGGUGGUAGAGCCCAGUGGAGACAUGCUCUUCAAGUACAAGGUGUUGGUACAAAAAACACCCAACCUUGAGUAUAUAAACUUCACAUGGAAUAAGAUGACUGCAUCUGAAUUCGAGAGCCACUGGAAAGAGAGCAAGCUGGACAAGAAGUUUGACUACAUUCACAUGAUACAGAUGCUGUAUUACGUCAAAGAUCCUGAAGCAACCGUCUCAUUCUUUAGGAGUUUACUGAGUGAGAAUGGGAAGCUUGUGAUCAUUCUAGUGGCUGGCGAAAGCGGAUGGGGCAGGCUGUGGAGGUCGUACAGAGCCCAGCUCUGCAACACGGAGAUCAGCCAGUGCGUCACCACCGGGGAUAUCAGAACCUUCCUGGACACCAAAGGCGUCCCGUACAAAAACUACGUGCUCCCCUCCCAAAUGGACAUCACCGAGUGCUUCACGGAGGGUGAUGAGAAGGGCCAGCUGCUACUGGACUUCCUGACCGAGGUCAUCGACUUCAGCAAGAACGCCUCUCCAGAGCUCAAAGCAGGCGUGUUGGCUCUGCUGCGCCACUCUGACUGCAGCAAAGAGGAGGAUGGGAGGGUCCUAUUCAACAACAACCUUGAGGUGUUAGUCGUUGACCCCUAGACCCCACCUCGAGGUUGUUGAAACGACGAUAAAAGAAAAUGUGAAUAUGAAAAUGUGUCUUUUAUAGUCGUUUACACAUUUAUGGUAUAGGACUCUCAUUUACCCAAAUCAAUCAGACAAAUGCUUUGAUUGUGAUUACAUAUCACAGCAUUGUUGCAAACAGGUGCAUACUGGUUAUGCAUUAGCUGAAAUCACUUGAUAAGCCAAAAUUUGACCGACACUUUUAUGAUUAUUAGCUGCAAUCUUUUUAGGUGGAGCAGAGUUAUUACUGACAUACUCAAGAACCAGCCUCCAGAUCAAAACGAUUGUUUUAUUUUUAACCUUUUUAUCUUGGUUUCUUGUCACAUGCUUAUCAAAAAUUGUUGGGCCUUUAUCAAAUGAUGGGUACAAGGUAUACUUUUUGUUAGGUUCAAACUUACACAAAGAACACCUAUGCCGACCUGAAACAAAAAAAUAAAUCUUUCACUGUAACGUC